CAAACAAUGUGGAAACGGGUGGUUGGGACGGGUUCUCCAGACCGGCUUUUUGAAAAUGGACUCUCCCAAUGUGGCGGCACGUUGACAAACCACGAAGCUAGCUAGUUACCAUACUACAAGGCCUCUCUCUGCUCCACAUAUGGACAUGUCGAGCCGAAUUAAGUCAACCAUCAAACUAUAUAUAAGCUUUCGCGGUUUUAAUGGUGUCGCUAGUUAACUCAGCCAAGUGGGAUAAUUAUGCUACAUCAUGAAUGACUUGAUCGUUGUCACUACCUAACUGAACCAGCCAAACAGGGACCUAACCUCUGAGCGUGUAAACUUCGAGAUAAUUGCCUUUGUCAGAUAGUUUUGAUUCAACUCGCGAACUAACGUUAGUAUAGCGUAACCAAUUUGGCUAGCAAAACAUUUGGUCGUCACUCCGCUAACGCUGCCUAGCUAGUAUGGAUAACUAGCUAGGUUUGUUAUUGUGACUUGACAGGGUUGGAGGACCGUGAUUAUUUAACUUGGCGUGCUAUUAUUUAGCUGGCUGCUGGGUAGCUAACGUUAUGGAUAACGCAGCUAGGUGACGUUGGCUAACAAUGUCUGAACACUUGUGGUUAUAGCUAGCUAAAUUAAGUUAAAUAUGAAAACAGGUUUAGCUAGAGAAUUGGGUAACGUUAGCUAGUUCGCAAACGUUACGUUAGUUGGCUGCAAUGAAUACUUUUUGCAUGAGCACAAACUGAAAUGGCUUCGCGUUAGACUGCUCCCUUUACCCUAACUAGCCAAAUUUGCUAUCAGUGGUUUGCGACACGUUAUCAAAAAAUGUAACUACAUAGAUGUAACGUUAGUCUACCACACCAUGUAAUUUGCUCCUGCACAAAUGCUUGCGGACUGUCUUAUUAGUUACCGGAAACGGGUGGCUUAGAAACUCUGUCGCGGUACUCUACCGAAGGAACACGUGUAUCAGCUAGCUAGUUAGUGCUGAAGUCUGCAAUCAGUAGGCUAAUUUAUAAUUUAGCAAUCAGGCCAUGCCAUUGUACGCAGCGGGAGAUUAACGUAAUGUUAGCAGCCAUAGUGUUGUGCCAAGUUGUUAUUCUAACACAGUCAAAGGCGGGAAAUGUGUCAUUACGUGUACACAUUUCACCAUGUAGCCUAUGCUAACUCCUCAUACAUUGCACAUGCAAACGAAAAUAAUUAUAAGAUUUCUGGAGACAUGGCCACAGAACAUAUUAAUGGAAAUGGUCCAGAAGAACCAAUGGACACCACUGCUGCAGUUACCCAUUCUGAACACUUCCAGACUUUAUUGGAAGCUGGUUUACCACAGAAAGUUGCUGAAAAACUAGAUGAAAUUUACAUAGCAGGUUUGGUAUCACACAGUGACCUAGAUGAUAGAGCGAUUGAGGCUCUGAAAGAGUUCAACGAAGAAGGUGCUCUGCAAGUUCUGUUGCAGUUCAAGGACAGCGACCUCUCACAUGUUCAGAACAAAAGUGCCUUUCUUUGUGGAGUUAUGAAGACAUAUAGACAGAGGGAGAAACAGGGUACCAAAGUCUCAGACUCCAAUAAAGGACCAGAUGAGGCCAAAAUCAAAGCCCUGCUGGAGAGAACUGGCUACACGCUCGAUGUGACAACAGGUCAGCGGAAGUAUGGAGGCCCCCCUCCAGAUUCUGCUCACACAGGGGCACAGCCCACAAUUGGUACAGAGAUUUUUGUUGGCAAGAUCCCUAGAGAUCUAUUUGAGGAUGAGCUGGUCCCUCUGUUUGAGAAAGCCGGGCCCAUUUGGGACCUGCGUCUGAUGAUGGACCCCCUCAGUGGCCUGAACAGAGGUUACGCCUUUGUCACUUUCUGCACUAAAGAGGCGGCGCAGGAGGCUGUCAAGCUGUGUAACAACAAUGAAAUUCGACCUGGCAAACACAUUGGUGUGUGCAUCUCUGUGGCCAAUAAUAGACUAUUUGUUGGCUCCAUCCCCAAGAGUAAAACAAAAGAGCAGAUUGUGGAAGAAUUUGCCAAAGUCACAGAGGGUCUUAACGAUGUCAUACUGUACCAUCAGCCAGAAGACAAGAAAAAGAACAGAGGCUUUUGCUUCUUGGAAUAUGAAGACCACAAAACUGCCGCUCAGGCCCGCCGCCGGCUGAUGAGUGGCAAGGUCAAGGUGUGGGCGAACGUGGUGACUGUGGAGUGGGCUGACCCCAUAGAAGACCCUGAUCCUGAGGUCAUGGCCAAGGUGAAAGUGCUGUUUGUCCGAAACCUUGCGAGCACUGUAACGGAGGAAAUACUUGAAAAGGCCUUCAGUCAUUUUGGCAAGUUGGAGCGGGUGAAGAAGCUGAAAGACUACGCCUUCAUCCACUUUGAGGAGAGAGACGGCGCAGUCAAGGCCUUGGCUGACCUAAAUGGGAAAGACCUGGAGGGAGAGCACAUUGAAAUAGUCUUUGCAAAGCCACCUGACCAGAAGAGGAAAGAACGCAAAGCCCAGAGACAAGCGGCUAAGACACAAAUGUAUGACGAUUACUAUUACUACGGCCCACCUCACAUGCCACCUCCCGCAAGAGGCAGGGGACGAGGUGGCGGCCGAGGAGGCUACUCUUACCCCCAUGACUACUACGGCUAUGAAGAUUACUAUGAUUACUAUGGCUACGACUACCACAACUACCGGGGUGGCUAUGAAGACCCCUACUACGGCUAUGAGGACUUCCAAGCUCCCAGCCGAGGAAGAGGAGGGGCCCGAGGCGGAGCCCGUGGUGGUGCCACCCUAUCCUCCCGGGGCCGUGGAGCUGCCACACCCAGGGGCAGAGUGGGUGGCUUUUCUCAGCGAGGUGGAAGUGGCCCUGGAUCGAGCAGAGGUGUGCAGGGGACCAAAGGGGCACUGGAAGACUUCCUCAAAUUUGACUUCCUCAAAUUAGUGAUGGCAGGGAAAAGGGGUCGAGGCCGGUCCUGACCUGUCACUAUGAAGACUGACUUACUGUGUUGGGUUACACCAGAAGCUGCAAUGGAAACGGAUGAAAAAGUCAGCAAAAUGGUCCAAUAUUCCAGCCUUACAGAAGCAUCUCCCCCAAACUGCCACCUAAACAAUCAGCGGAUUAUUUAGAAAAACUUGCCUCCCCUGUAUGCCCCACACCCCCAAAAAAAUGCCAUUUUAAAUAAUUAUUGAAGAAUUUGCACUUUUUAAGUUUCUUAGUUUGAAGUGGCUCAAAGGAGCUUGAUGCUAUUGUAUAUUUUUGUGCUAAUCACAAUUUUUAUUGUUGGAAUAUCCCUGUUAAUCUUAAUCGUUUGAUUUGGAUGUUUGAAGAGAACAUUUGCAGGUUUUAGGUGUAACCACCUGGCAUGGAUAAGUCAGGCAUUCCAGGAAAGUGGUUCUUUUCAGAACUUGUCUUUUUUUAAAGGGUUGGUUAACUACCUCAGUACAGAGGAUUAAACUACCCGGCCUGUACUGUAAAUAGGGAAACUAUAUUGAUGAAAGCAGGGCUUGUUUCCUACAAAAUAUGCACAAGAGCAGCAGCACAACCGAAAGGACUUGCUGCAGCUCUGACAUGGCAAACAGUCAAACUGGGCAUGCAAAAAUAAUCUCAUAUGAUGAGCCUGAACAAGCCCUGCUUUUAUCCUAUUUUGAACUGAAUAAGCCACCUUGCUUCUUCAGAUUAUUGUAGUUACUGGUUGUAUAGUUUGGAAAAUGUUACUUUUGUAAAGGCUUGAACAUCAACAAGGGUGUCAACUGCCUUUGAAAAAGCCCUGCAGUGUCCCUUUGCCACUCCCAAUUAUUUUGUAUUGUUUUUAGAAUAGAUCAGAAUUAUGUUCAGUACCACCCCCUUUACUGUAAAAUAAAUAUCCCAAUCAUGUGACAUCUUGAAUGAUCCCUCUAACUCUAAGCCAGCUACUAUGUAAUCAAGUCUUGAUUAAAAAGGAAUUGCCAUACUGCCCAGCCAGCGAGCAUGUGUGCCUGUAGCUGUUUCGAAGGGGAUCGUGAUCAUACAGUGGUAAAAGGGAUACUGCAGCUGUUAUUCGUAUUCCAUGUAUAGCGAAAAGGAGACUGAACUAUUCAUCCGGUUUUGUACACUGUUAACUCCCUCAAUAAAAUAAUUACAACCACCUUUUGAAAAAAUGUUAGCAGUUUUAAACUAUUGUUGGUGGCCAACCACGUUUUUGCAUUCCUGCAAAUAAAUUGUUUUAUACUGUAAAAUGGAGGUGAGUGUAACUUAUUUUUGUAAUAAAGUUUUUGAUUUCUA